CGGAGGGGUCGGACAGUCGUUUCUGCGUAGCCGUCAGCGUCAGGUAGCUAGGCAAAGCCGCCAACAUAAUUGACGUCUGGGACUCGGACCCCAUAGCUGUGCCCGGUGUCUCGUGGUUGGGCGGUGCGUCACUCGGAUGGUGUAUGUUGGAGACAACUGUUAAAACUAUACUGCUGCCAUGGCAUCGUCUCGAUAUAGUCUGCGGUGGAACAAUCACCAAAAUCACAUCCUCAGCGCGUUUGACACGCUUCUGCAGAAUGAAACCCUUGUUGACGUGACAUUGGUGUGUGAGGAAGCCAGUGUCAGAGCGCACAAAGUAGUUCUCUCUGCUUGCAGCCCCUAUUUUCAGCGGAUAUUCUCGGAGAACCCCUGCAAGCAUCCUGUAAUAGUCUUGAAGGAUCUCAGAGGAUGGGAAGUGCAAGCAAUUGUAGACUUUAUGUACAAGGGUGAAAUAUGUGUUGUGCAGGAACAACUUGCUUCCCUCAUCAAAGCAGCAGAAUCCCUUCAGGUGCGAGGACUUGCCCACACCGAGCAUGUGUUGUCAGAGAAAGAAAACGUCCCAGUCUCCCAGCCGGCGGUCAAUUUCACGCCGCCACCCCCUCUUGCGUCUCUGGAGAAGUUGGGCCUGUACCCGGGUCCCAAUGCUCGCCCUUUCGCAUCUGCCAUUCACCCGGAAAAGGAACCUUCUUCUGGACUGCCCAAUUCAUCACCAUUCUCUCCUUCACCUGUUUCCCAAUACGACACUCCCUUGAAACUACCCCAGUUACCCCACAUGCCGCACAUCUCUUUCACCGAGAAUCCAGCACCACCAUCUUCUGAUCACCAUGGAUCCCCUCAGCCAAGAAGGAAACAGCCACCAUUGUCUCUCAAGAUGGAGAGCGAGGAUCCCUUGCAACAGAUUGAUAGUGCACGCCUCAACAUGCACACUCCAGAACGUGAAAGAGAACGAGAACGGGAAAGGGAGAGAGACCGAGAAAGAGAGAGAGACCGUGAGCGGGACAAGGAACGAGAGAGGGAACUGCGAGAGAGAGAAAGGGAACGAGAACUGCGGGAGCGUGAACGAGAGAGAGAACGAGAAAAGGAAAGAGAGCGCUUCGAAUUUUGCAACAACACUGAAUCUUUAAGUCUCCCCCCUCAUCCUCCUGACUCCUCACUUGAUAAUUCAAAUUUUGCCCAUCUUCCUUCUGUGUCUGCUUUGUCUCUGACACCACCCCAUGUUUUCUCCCUCGACUCUCAACUUGGUUUCUUCCCAAGUAUGGAAAGUUGCCGGAAUCCUUUAUUAAACGACCUCCCUGAGCCCCGAAGUGAAAACCACCAUAUAAUAAGCAAGCGGAAAAGUAAGGGUACUAACGAUUUUCCUGGCUUUUCUAUGAGGAAUAAGUAUACACCACAUGUUGGACGCCCUAAAGGUCAACACAGUGCACCCCGAGGGGGUCCUCCUCGAUCAUGGACCAACGCAGAGCUGACAGAAGCGUUGCAGCAUGUCUGGAACAAGAAGAUGACCACAUCCCAGGCAUCUCGCAUCUUUGGAAUUCCUUACAAUAGCUUGCUGAUGUACGUGCGAGGAAAAUAUGGGAAGAGCUUGAAACUGGAGCAACUGAAAAAGGAUUGUCUGGGUAGUCCAGGAGGUCCUCUUGAGCUUUUGGGCAUUGGAGCCAUGAACAACCCUCCUCCAAACAAUAACAACAAUAAUAACAACAAUAACAAUGCAACUGGUAAGUCAAACACUCCAGAUGAAAUGUUGGGGCCUCCUUGCUCAGAACCAGAUCUGGUCUCUGUGGCUCCAGGCUUCAAUCCAUAUUCUGCUGCCAACUUCUACCCAGACUUUGGAGCAUCCUUCCCCGUACCUGUGGGUAUGAUACACUUGCUACCACAGUCCGAAAAGAAUAGGGAGAUAUUCCCCCCUUCCAUGCCCUUGCCACUGGACAUUGGAUCUGUUGGUCGGGAUCGUGAACGCACAGAACGUGAGAGGGAGAGAGAGCGAGAGAGAGAAAGGGAACGUGACGAUGAUGGGAGGAGUAGCAGUGGGCAGCGGCCUCAAGACAGCUCCGCGGCACAGGAAGAAGCACACGAUGUGAAGCCCACGCUGCCACCAGCUCCUCGAGAGGAGACACUAGUUGAACAGAAUGGGCAAAACUAACUGCGUACUCAAGAAGCACCAUUAGCUGCUUGGAUAUAGAACCGAGAAGGCGAUUCUUUCUUUGUUUAUUGCAUUAUUGCUCAGAGAAAUGGGAACUUUGCGACAGAGUCAGGCAUAUAUAUCAGAAUCAUACAAGUGAUAGGUAUUUCAUACAGGGGUAAUAUACAAUUUUUAUACAUUUAAAUAGUCCAUUAUGUAAUAAAUAUAUUUACAGUGAUGUAUACAUUCUAAUGUAGGAAAUAGAUGACUUUUAUAAGAUAAAUAAAUUUAUUUUCAUGUUAUUUGCAGAUGAGAUUUAUGCAGAGGACUGGCUCUGUCACAAAGCGACUGUUGUACUCUGACUUGUAAACGCUAUGCUGUAGGUAUGUGAUGGGUGCUCAUUUCGAGAUGUGAUGUGAGGGCCACUGACUUGCCGAACACCUCCUGUUGUCCCUUCAACUUAGGAGAGCAGGAGUUGGUUGCUAAAAGGUACUUGCCGGGUAUCUUUUGUGUGGUCAGUAGUUACUUUACAAGACUGACUUCAAAUGCCAAUGUUCCAGUUAUUUAUAUUUAAGUAUAUCCUAAUUAAGUUACUUAUGACAGCAUCAACAGUUCCUGCAGAGAUUUAUACCAAAUAUUACAUAAUUUUAAGUUGAAGAUGAAAUAAUAGGAGAAAGCAUUUUUAUAUUCAUCUAUUAUAAUAUCCUCACUUAAUUAUAAAUAUAGAAGAUUUCUUUUGUAUUGCUUUUUGAGAUUCAAAGAAAGCAAGGAGCAUUCUAUGACGUUGAAAGUGGUGUGAGUGAGGUUCGUGAAGUUGCUUCUUUCUGUGGUGUAUUUAUCUUUGAAAAUCUAUGAGAUACAUAGAGCGUUGCUAUAGUUGUGAUAAGAAGUGAGGUUACAGACAUUACUCAAGCAUACGCUUCAUGUUACAGUUCACGCGACAUGUUGUUAAUUAUUAUGAGCAGACAGAAAACGGCAGAGCCAGCUGUGUGAUGAAUCUGGCAAUUGUGUGGUUCUUUUAAUAAACAAGAACAAUAUGAAAGUGCAUACAUUUUUUUAAAUGAAGAAAUUGCUUAUCUUUGGAAAAGAAAUCACACGAGCUAAUAGAUCACUCUGUGAAAUAUUUAUGUGAAAAUAUUUUGGAAAAAGUUGCUCCCUUCUCUUCCCCCACCCCACCCACACAAUGAAAAUUGUGUAUUUAGAAAUUAGAAUUAAAACAUUUUGUAAUAAAAACUUAACAGAUCAUUCCUAAUGAUGCACACAUAUGUACACACACAUACAUACACAGACACAAAUUAUUUUUAGGUACUGUGGUCCACAGCAUGUAAAAAAUGUUUUCGGUGUCCCAUACUUCAAAAGUGAAGAAACUAUAUAUAUAAAUAUAAAAUUGCAAUAGUGCUUUAGUCUUAGUAACAAAUGUUUUCUAUCAACAAAAGAGAAAACAUCAAUUGCUAUUUCACUGACUGUACUAGAGGCAUGCUUUCUAGUACCCAUCUUCUGUCCACUGGGUAGUUUUAAAACAAAACAAAAAUAAUUACAAUCGUACUGUGAAUGGCAAGCUCUUUUGGUAUCAUUAAAUGCUGUUGAAGCUUUUCUAAAUUACUUGUCGAUUGUCAGGUUGAUAUUGUUUAUAGUCAGUGUAGCCUUUGAAAAAUUUGAGCAUCAAAAGUUUGAAAUAUUAUGUGAAUAAAAAUAUUGGCAUCUUGUGAUAGGAUAAAAUGUGUGUUAGAUUUAUUAUAAAAUGUGCAAAAAACUCAUAUGGCUUCCCUUGAUAAGCAAUAUUAUCAUGACAAUUACUGUUAACUUGCUAUACGAUUUCAGAGUAGUAAAGUGUCUAAAAAAGUCAACAGCAAGCAAUCAGCCACCAGACCGUCAGUACAUAGACUACGUGCAAUCAUAGUAGUUUUACCAGAUCAGGGAGAGGACAAAUACAGAGAUUGUUUAAAGUGAGUUGAAAGGGUACUGAUACAGUUGUUUAAGUUUUAUAUGCUAUCAUCUCACAACAGUGUUCAGCAAAAGAUUUUUACAAAUAUACACCAUGUGUUUUAUACACAGUUUGUUAUUUUUCCACAUACUUCCCCCAAUUGACAGUUCAAUAACUUGCAGGGAUAUUUCAUGUACACAUAUACAGAUAUAUAGCGGUACCCUUUCUCUCACUAAUUCUCACACAUAUUUUUUCAAUAUCAAAACCUUGUGAUAUCAUUUUUAUAACUGCAACCAAUUUUUUCCAUGAAACUAUUUAUUGUCUUGUCCUGAGUACACAUAGUAAGAAAGAUAAUAAGAUCUAUAUUUAGUGAUUGUUGAAAGGACUUUUAUUUUUGCAGAAUAGAGAGCAUUACCAUGUCCCUUAUAAACACCGAGAUCUUAGCCAUUUGCAGUAUUCAUCAUAAUCAUUAAAUUAAUGCUUUUAUGUGAUAGAUCAAUACCUACUGUCAACAGAGGUGUGUCUGUAACAAGACUGAAGGAAAUAGCAUUACAAGUGACAUAUUGUUUGGUCUGAUUAUCUGUGUUGCCAUUGUGGAAGCAAGCAAGGCUUUUUCAAAUGUUAUUUGUUAUUAUGUACUGAGCUUGUCCUUUUUCUUGUACUGUGUUUGUAACACAACCUUAAAGAGCUUUGCUGCAUCCCAAUCUCUCAACCAGCAUUAAGGAGAGCGAUUUCAUCAUUUUAAUUGGGCAUUAUGAGUGAAAAGUUGUUGCUGAAUAGCAUCAUCCCAAAAUGGAAACUACUAGGUGUGAUUACAUAAGGUGCUAUAUUCUUGACGGUGGGGAUAGUGUUGUUCAGAGCAACAAUAUAUUCACUAGAUGUGAUAUGAAAACUAGCAGUGUGGUGAAGCAGCUCUUAUCUUAACUGGUUAUUAUUACAGGAGUAGUAACUUGUUUGUUAUUCCUACAGAAAUAUUGUACAUACAAAGGUAAUUGAUGUGUAAUAAUGAACAUCGGACCAAAUAGAAUAUGUUAACUGUGUAACUACAUUCAAAAUUUUUCAGAUAAAUAUUGAAAUCUUUCUUGUGAAAGAAAGUGACAGGAAAUUCUAUUGAAAAGCUUUGCAUCAGAUGAUUUGAGAGAAAGAUAUUCAUAAACCUUCUGGCAUUUACAAAAAACAAACAAACAAAUGUCUUUGUUUCAAACAAGGCAUCCUCUGUUGAUUCCAAAUGUACAUAGGCCUUUUAAAAGAAGAAAAAAGAAAUUGUACAAAAGUUGUUGUGAGUAGAUGGAUUAAUGUUAAAAAAUUGGGCAGUUUUGUUGGUUGUAUCAUGUUUGGUUUUCUUUUGUUCAAACUUCUGGCUUUGCAUAAAACAUUAGAAUUGGUGAAAAUGUUUUGGUGUAUAAAACUGUACCUUUAGCUACAUGUGUUUUUUGUAAAAAGAAAAAUUUUACUAAAAAUAUGACUGGGUAAACAAUGUAAUUGCUUGAGUAGCAUAUUAGCAGUUUUUAUUUAAUAUCUGUGUGGAGUGCAGUUUCCUAUGCCAGUGUUGAUUGUUGAAUGUAUUUCUUAAAUUUAAAUUCUUUUCUUGAUUCUAAAUUUAUAGAGAACUGCACACUUUUCCAAAGUCUCUUGAACAGUACAAUUUAAUUUAAGAGUAUGAGCAAUGCAAAUGCAUUUUGAUUUUCAUUUUCUUUGUUUUUUUUUUCAUUUAUAUGAAGUUUAAAAGUUAUUAUCUGAGAAGCUAAAGUGCUUUAAGAUCAUUUUUGUACGACACAGUAGAAGCACUUAACAGAUUAUUCUCUAACUUAGACAAAAGAAAUGAAAAUGUUUUCACAAAUAUAACACAAAAUAUUUUUAAUUAAUUCAUCUCCAUGAUAAUUGCAGGGUAAAGUUCCAUAUUCAGGGACACUUUUGAUUAUAGUACGUUCUGACGUACAGGCGAGACACAUCAUACGGUAGAUGUCUAGUUAUCUCGGUUUCAUGUCAGGCUUCCAGUACUUAAAGACAGGCAUUUUUUAGAUGCAAUUACUGUCAAAAAUGUGUUAUGCAGUGUAUGAAUGACUGGUUUUUGACUUAUUUAUUUGUGAUUGUGAUUAUUAAGUUACAUCAUUCCAUUAUCAGUAUUAUGUUUCUUUUGAAUACCCUUUUAUUAUGGCAGUUACGUCAUAAUAAAUUAUUUUCUCUGCAAUGGCAUUCCUGCAUGUGGAGUAGUAUUAUGCAUGGAAAUGUCUUAGCAUUGUAAUAGUUCAGUAUAUUCUAUUUCUUAAUACAACUGCUGUUGGUGUAAUGUGGGUAUACUGUUUAGUUCUGGAGUGCCUGGUUUACAAUAGAGCAUUAGAAGUGUUGAAGCAAUGUGAAAAGUUCUCCAUUCAUUAUUAUGGUUUUCUCAUUUUUUUGAGAUGUUUAUUGGGAGAACUUUUACUCUAAUUUGGUACUUGUUGUGCAUGGAGGCUAGUUGAUGAUCAGUGAAUGUAUUGGAUGUGUGUUACAAAUUGCCCUCUCAGGUCUCAUAUGAGAAUUUAACCAGAUAAAUGUUAUGCUUUGGUGAUAGUUUGUUUUCCUUUUGUUUUUAUAGUAAUAUGUUCUUUAAGUAAAUUAUUCUAUUCUCUUUAGUUGUGAAUUAAUUUGAGACAAAGUUAAUGGUUGUGCACUUAGUAUUCUUAAAGGAAAGAUUGCAUACUCAGUGUUGUGUUUUUAAGUUAAAGUGAAUUGUGGUGUUUUCUGUAUUGUUUUUCUUUCUAUUAGUAAAUGUAAAGAUGAGAGAGUAUACUCCUAACCAACUGUUUUUUUGUAUUGGGAAAUUUUUCAAAGCAGUUGUGUUAUGGAGCUAUGGUAGUUGCAGAUUCCUUUUGUUAAUAUGAAUUAGAAUUCACCACUUAAUGCAGAUGCAUUUGAGUUGUCCUAUUGCUUUGUAAUAAAGCACUAUUAUUGUGAAGUUCCUUUUAGUACUAAGCCCAGUAUUAUAGUUUAAAGUUAUUGUAAUAGUUUAUUAUUUUAUUUGUAUAGUAUCUAUAGCCACGAACUUGUAAAAGAGGUGAAUGGUAUUUAUUUAGUUUCUUGUAAGUUCAGUAUUAUAAUGACAUUCCUUUUAUUUUAUUGUAUAAAGAUAUCCAUUGUAAGUAGUCUUAAAGGGCGUGGCUUAAAUUUAAUGCUUUGAAUAAGUUAUUCUUACUUGUAAAGAAAAUAUUGUGUGAAUUUCAUUUUGUUUCCUAUUAGUUAUAUACUUGCGUUCAGAGAUCUUUUUAUAUGGGAGAGUAUUGAAGGUUAUGUACAAAUAUGUGGUCUCUGAUUAACUGUUAUUAGUAAUGUAACAAAUCCAGAGAAAGCAAAAUGAAAAAUUUGUUGUUGUCUCUUCUUAGGUUAGAUUCUCAUUUAACGAUUUUAUUGAAUAUGUUGCUGAUAUGUGAUUUGAAUAUUAGUGUUUUAUUUCAAAAUGUACUGUUCUCUAACUUUGCAUCAUUCUUAUUGAUUUAGUUUACAUGACAAAGGGUUUGCAAAUUUAUUUGUGCCAGCCGUACACAUUCAAAUAUCAUGAUUUCUGGAAUCAGGGUAUUGUUUUCCACACUCCGUUUUCAACUGCUUGUGACCCUUAAAUUGUAAUCGUGCUAAGCUCCUCGUUAUGCCAUAUGAUGAGUGCUCCUUCUCUGGAACUGUCCAUGACUUGCCUACUUGAUAGAAAUCACAGUAAUAACUCUAGAAAGAAAUAGCAGCUUGUAAUCGAAAAUUCAUCUCCUGCACUUAUUCUUUAUUUCAUUAGCCAACAAUUCAAAGUUCCUUUAUGUGAGCCAAUAAAUAUGUGUCAUGAUUCAUUUCAGUUGAACUAACAGUGUUAAGUAUGACUGUUUACACUGCCAUAUAUGACCAGAGCAGCUCGGGGUCUGUAGUGAGACGGCAAAAGGAGUUUGCCCGGACUGAGAAGUUUCCAGUGCUCUCGUUGAAGACGAGUAUCACAAGUUUGCGUCUGACCCAUGUUCCUAAUGUUGUGCUAAGUGGUGCAUGAGACAAAAUACAUGUUCCUUUUGGUUACUGCUUUUUUUGUAAUAUUUGUAAUAAUUAUUACUUUUCACUGUUAUAAUUUCUCUGACAUUGCAUUUAUUUGAGAGUUUUAUAUUUGAUUUGCUUAUAGUUCCUAUUUCUAUUAAAUUAAAAGUAAACAAAUUAUAUUUCAUUUGUUAUUUACCUUUUCCAACUUUUCAAUGAAAGAAUGAAGAGUUGUAGAGGGAAGUUGUGGAAGUUAGACAUUAUCCAAAGAUGUAAUACUUAAAAAACAUUUGAGAACAGCAUCCAUUUUAUUUAGUAUCUUCUGAACCUUUCUUUUUUCCAGAUACAAAACAGACAGUCAUUCCAUGUUCUAAUUUGCUUUAAAGGAAAACUCAAAACCACUUUCAGUUUCUAGAGUGUAUUGUAGCUUUAUCUGCAAUGCAAUUCCUCAAUAUAUUUUGUAAAAUUUUUAACAGCAUUCUUACCAUUCAUACAAUAUUCAUCUACAUUGAAACUACCUCACUUAUUCUUGUUCACACUCAGCAAAUAUUGUUGUAUAGUUCCUAGAAAGGCAUGUACAGAGAUAUUUAGAGAGAGGACGAACAGUAUUUAUUAACUGCUAGAUUAGGGGAAGAAUUUGACUGCCAGUGGAAGGCUUAGUGUUCAUUUUCCAUGUGGUGCUCUCGUGUUCAGAUAUUCGCGUGAUCAAGUGUGGAAUGUUGUAUCUACACAGAUGGUCUGAGCUAUAAGCAAGUGGUGCCGCUUAAGCUUCAGAUUUGACUGCUUAAAACAGAUCUCUAAUUGUAAGCAUACGUUAUCAAAUGCCAUUUUAUUCAACAUUAUUCCCUCUUAAUGACUACUAUUCCCACAGUUCCUAGUAGAUUCUGUCAUAGGUUGCAUGUGAUUCCUAUAGCCUCAUUAGCUUUUACAAGCCCCUCUCUCCGCCCCUUCAAGAAUAGCAUAUGCAGUGUUGCUGUACUCUUGUAUACUCGUGUUUGAGGGCAAUGUGCAAUAAGAUUGUUUCUUUAUGGUGUGUUCUAUUGUGUAUGUUGUGCCAGGGAGGCAUAUUGGUGUGUUGUGUGGAUAACUAUUACAUUGUUGUUGGAUUCAUGGGUUAAGGGAAAAGUAGCUAGGCAUUACGUGAUCCUCGUGUCAUAGUAUUACAUUAGUAAGUGCAGGAGAAGGGAGAACAGAUUACGAGAAAGAGCGUUCAAGUUGGCAAUUCUUUCACCAUCAUGUGGCAGCUUGGCACGAGUACAAGCUAUGACCGACAAGCUAUUCUGUAAAACUAUUUCCCAUAUACAAACAGGCUGAUUAUACUUGCAUGCCAUCUGCCCUGUCUAUGAAAGCAGAUGAAAGGAAUUCUUAGUUUUCUGCUAGUUAAACUUUCUCAUUUGUUGAAAAUUCUUUUAGAACUAUUUUAAGUGAAAAACCUGUUAGACAAUGAUAUUAAUUUAACCAGGCAUGCAUUUCACCUUACUUGAAUACCACCACGUGGUUUUUCCACUUCUACAUCUUUGAUAUUAAACAUGUUUGGAUUUUUAAUUUACUUGUGUAACUUAACUUAUAUUUCCCUCAAUCCAAAUUAAGAAGAAUUAAUUUUUACUUUGUGUCGUACCCAUAGCAGUUCUUUUAUACCAUCAUUUUAACGGGAUAGUAAUCCUUUUGUAUAUAUAAUAAAAGAGAGUGAUCCCUGUAUGAGUGUACAUAAAUAUUGCAAAUAUAUCUGUUGUAUGACUGUACAAUUCAUUGCAUGACACUAUUGAAUUAAUCACAAUGAUACAAUGAUGUUAAUUAGUUAGAAUAUGAGCAAUUAUGCAUUUUCAUUUCAAUGUUCUUCAUCAUUGUAUCUCAGUGAAGUUAUAAAAUGCAACCACGACAAAUGGUGGUAUUGACGUAAGAAAUAUUUCUUAAGUCAAAAGAGAAUGCCUGUAUUUGAAUAAAUGUUUUAUUUGUAUUAUUUAAACUUUAAUUUAUUGAAGUAUCAAAGAAAUGUUAAGGUGUCUAGCAAGUGAAGGGUUGUUUUGUUAUGUUGUAUACAUUUUGACAAUAAACACUGUCUUUGGAUAUGCUGUAUGAAUUAAAAUAUUCAGAUAGGGAAACUGCUACAAACCCCAAGUAUACAAGAAAUCUAUUUAUUAUGUAAAGAAAUGUACAAGAUAAUAAACUUUUACGAAUGAAUGUGCCCUGCUGUUUUUGUGCAGAAAAAUCUUAAGAUUUAUAAUGAAAGGAUGUCACAAAAUGAAUCAUGUCAACAAAUUAAAUUGUUAAUGAUAACAAUGAUUCAUAUUUUAAAACCUACACCAUUCAUCAUCCAGAAGUAGACACCUUAACAUCAGUAGGUAUGGGUUAGUGUGUUAGAAAUUGGAAAAUGUGCUCUGGUUUGGAGGAUAAAAUACGGAUUAGAGAUGGAGAAUGUGACCAGUAUUUUUCCAUUUUCCCCCUCAAAGUUUAUUUAAUCUUAAAGGACAGGGUAGCAUCGAGCAGCAAAUGCACUGGUUGCAUCAAGUUCAGCAGUACACUGCUGUCUUGAUGCGCUUGCGAAGCGCCUAUCUGGCGACGCGACUUUAACAAUCAGCGCCCGUGUCAGGCGGACGGGUCGAACCGUGUCUCGCCCAUGGAAUGGGUGCAGCAAAUUAUGGGCAAGCCACAUUCCACUGUAGUAUAGUAUACAAUGUAGUCUUAAAACAUGGAAAAAUUAUAUAUAUUAUAUUAAACAAGUUCCACAUACAGGACCUUGGCUGUAAUAUGUAAAGAAACUGGAGAAAGAAAUAAAAAAAGGUAGACAUUUGAUAGGGACUUAGUCUAGUUUUCGAAGAUGUUUCAAAGUUAAAAAAGAAAUAAAGCCUUGUAAGAAGUUGGA